AUGUCAGAGUUCCAUCAGGAGCUGGAUGCGGAGUUUGCGGCGAUAAUGUUGGACAAAGUCCAACGCAAACUGCGGGACCGCAUUACGAGAAGUAGCAACAGUAUUCGCGGAUGGUUGCAGCUCAUUGGAGAGGAAGUCAAGAUCAUGAAGCAAGAUGAGGCCGAGAUUAUCGACUGGUACGUUCGAAAGCCAAAUACCACUGCCCUCAGUGCGAUAGAACUGCCUGGGCUGCUGGAAUGUCUAUAUGGUUCUCAAGAAUACCAUGCCGAGGAAUUCGGCUUCACUGUCGCGCUGGCCGUCAAUGCUCCUGGCUUCACUAUCCCCAUUCAGCCUCAGUCCGUUGCGGCCGCGCCUACCCCAGUGUCUCUUCGAUCGCAGGACCCCAAUGACAGACCGGACAUACCAGGUGAUACCUCUUCCAACAAUACGCAGAAGAGACCUCAUAGUCCUGAUGGCAACAACGAGUCAUGUAGCAAGCGGCACCAACAUUUGUCCGAGGCUGAGCGACGUCAAUGCCUCGUCGAUGCUAUCCACGAUCGUCUCUCCGUCAAAAUGCAAGAUAUCUACGGAAUCGCUUUGGCCUACGAAUACCCGCCUGGCACCGGCCUAAUCUGUGUGACUAAAUGCGAUGACUGCAACGCAUACUUUAGAAUCAACCCCGUGAAUCAGGCCAGGGCGCUCGAGAACCACUGGUUGAUUAGAAAUAUACAUCGCGACAUCAACUAUCGAGACCGCCUGCCUCCUCUCCGCAACACUGAUAUAAUGGAGAAGUAUUCUCGGAGAGUUGAGGGUGCCACGCUAGAAUGGAUGGAGGAAAGCAAUGUCCGCUUAAUCCAAAGCGUGCGAUCACAGCAAGUCCAGAUGGCGAAGGAUAAACAGGCCGCAGCGCUGUCAAAGUCUGGAGUGCCAUCAUCCAAAUCAAAGUCCAAUAACAGGAGAAAAGCGACCUCGAAGAAGGGUAAGGAGGUCGACCGACCUCCGUCCCACAAGCCUGUCCGUUCAUCAGUUAGACAGCGACAUAUUGCCGCAAACCAUGCUGAUCUGGACGAUGGCAUUGCUUUCCCCGUAGAUCAAAACGACAUUGAGUCGAGUAUCCUUCCUCUUCGCCGACGAGCUUGUUCAUUUGGAACCGCUUCAGGUACUCCAUCUGUCGAUAUACGUCCUGGCGAAGCCUCUGUGUCCCCGAUUUCGAGAUCUACCACCGCGAAGCCUCCUACCGACCCGAAUAACUUACUGGAUGUGGGUUUAAGUUAUGACUUCGAAAUUGACAAUAUGGAAGAUGACCUUGUCUUCAUAUCGGAGCGGCAGAACCCAUUGGCACAAAACAACCCUUUCGAAGACGGAUUUGAUGAUCCUCAAAACCACAUCAAGGCCGAGCCUGAAGUGGAUGAGGAUAUGUGA